AAGAGAAAGUAACUAUGUUGCUGCUGGAGAUCAAUGAAGCCAAGUGAAUGGGGGCUGAAUGGGCGAAUCCUUUGCUGAAGCGGAGCGCCAGAUGGUGGAGGGCUACACUUAUUUAUGAAACUGUCUUGAGUUCUUCUUGAAUUGCCAGUUUUCAGCCUCCUCAUGCCUCCGUCUCCUUUAGACGACAGGGUAGUAGUGGCACUGUCUAGGCCUGUCCGACCUCAGGAUCUCAACCUUUGUUUAGACUCUAGCUACCUUGGCUCUGCCACCCCAGGCAGUGGCAGCCACCCUGCGGUCAUUGCCAACACCGGCGUAUCCCUCAAGGCUGCGAAUCUGACGUAUAUGCCCUCAUCCAGCGGCUCUGCCCGCUCCCUGAAUUGUGGAUGCAGCAGUGCCAGCUGUUGCACUGUGGCAACCUACGACAAGGACAAUCAGGCCCAUACCCAAGCCAUCGCCGCCGGCCCCUCCGCCACUGCCAUCGGAACCUCUACCGCCUGCCCUGCCAACCAGAUGGUCAACAACAAUGAGAACGCAGGCCCUUUAAGUCCGUCAGGUGGGGUGGGCAGCCCUGUGUCGGGGACCCCCAAGCAGCUAGCCAGCAUCAAAAUCAUCUACCCCAAUGACUUGGCGAAGAAGAUGACCAAAGGCAGCAAGAGCCACGUGCCGAGCCAGGGCCCUGUCAUCAUUGACUGCAGGCCCUUCAUGGAGUACAACAAGAGUCACAUCCAAGGAGCUGUCCACAUUAACUGUGCCGACAAGAUCAGCCGGCGGCGACUACAGCAGGGCAAGAUCACUGUUUUAGACUUGAUUUCCUGUAGGGAAGGCAAGGACUCUUUCAAGAGGAUCUUUUCCAAAGAAAUUAUAGUUUAUGAUGAGAAUACCAAUGAGCCGAGCCGAGUGAUGCCCUCCCAGCCUCUUCACAUAGUCCUCGAAUCCCUGAAGAGAGAAGGCAAAGAGCCUCUGGUGUUGAAAGGUGGACUCAGCAGUUUUAAGCAGAACCAUGAAAACCUCUGUGACAACUCCCUCCAGCUCCAAGAGUGCCGGGAAGCGGGGGUCGGCGCGUCCGCAGCGUCGAGCAUGCUACCUCAGUCCAUCCCCACCACCCCCGACAUCGAGAAUGCAGAGCUGACGCCCAUCUUGCCCUUCCUGUUCCUUGGCAACGAGCAGGACGCUCAGGACCUGGACACGAUGCAGCGGCUGAACAUCGGCUACGUCAUCAACGUCACCACUCACCUGCCCCUCUACCACUACGAGAAAGGCCUGUUCAACUACAAGCGGCUGCCGGCCACCGACAGCAAUAAGCAGAACCUGCGGCAGUACUUUGAAGAGGCUUUUGAGUUCAUUGAGGAAGCCCACCAGUGCGGGAAGGGGCUGCUCAUCCACUGCCAGGCGGGGGUGUCCCGGUCUGCCACCAUUGUCAUCGCGUACUUGAUGAAGCACACCAGGAUGACCAUGACGGAUGCCUACAAGUUUGUCAAAGGCAAACGACCAAUUAUUUCCCCAAACCUCAACUUCAUGGGGCAGUUACUGGAGUUUGAGGAAGACCUGAACAAUGGUGUAACCCCACGAAUCCUUACACCAAAGCUGAUGGGCGUGGAAACGGUUGUGUGACCGACCGAGGUCCGGAUGGAAAGGAUUACUGUUCUCCAUUAGGAGACGAAGAGAAAGAAGGAUAGAUUCUUUCUUUCUUUUUUCUUUUUCUUUCUUUUUUAGAUGGGGGUAAAGUUUGUGAAUGGAAACAAAACUUGUUUAAAACCUUUUUAUUUUUAACAAGUGUGAGAAGAAUUUAACUUUUGAUGCCACUGAGGUUUACUUCCCACGAACUGCUAAUGCAGGGAGGCUAAAGGAGUAAUUUUUUAAAGCCAACAAUAAAAAUAUAAUAAAACACGUUUCUUCCCCCUUUUCCUUUUAAGCUGUUUGUAGAGUUUAUGAUUAAAUAGUCUGUGCAGGUUCAUAGAGUGAAGAUACUACAAUUUAAACACAGUAAAAAGAACCAAAAGUAAGAGGCAGAAAAAGACAUUCAAUCACCGAUGUCCGAGAUCUGUCCGGGCUCAUCCAAACAGAAAACAAACACCAAACCAAGCCCCGUCACGCUCGCUGGUGCAAAGAGCAAAAUCAGGGCAGCUUAAGUGGUCUAGAAAUCCUUCAAGUUCUUUAAAGAGACAAAAGAUAUUGUUGAUUUUGUGUGUUUCAUACUCCGGAUUAUUUUUUCCCCCUCUUUGGGUUUAAGAGAUUUUCUGAAAUAGCAAGGAACUGACCAUUAUACCAUAAGCCUUUACUGGCUUCUUGUGCAAUAAUACAGUGUUUUGAGUGUGCAAACCAGUUAGAGCUGGCAGCCAAAUAGUAGAUAAAUAGUGCAAAUUUGCCAGCCUGCAGAUAGAAAGGAAUUCAAUAAAAAUCAAUGACUUUCCUUCCCACCUUUUCCCUUUAUUAUUAUUAUCAUUUUUUGGAUUUGAUUCUGGUUACAGUGCCAUAAACCUUGUUACAUAUGUAUAUCAGAAUGUAAAAAAAAAAGACAAAAAGACAAAAAUUUAUUUAAAAAUA